UUAUUAAUAGGUUCCAGUUUCCGCCGCUGGUCAUUCGUCUGCUUCGUCUGCUUCUCCGAACAUCGAAAACAAGGGGCGGGGCUGGACUGAGUCUAGACUUUAGGGAGAGCAUUAGAGCAAUAGCAAUAGCAUUGUUGAACUGAGACAACAGUGUCAGCAUCCCGUCUCCCUCAACUAUCGUCUUUGUGAGCGAGAUGGAGAACACCGCCGUCCGGCCGGGCAUUCAACAAAUUUACCCGAUCUGCCCCUCCCGCCAAUCUCAUGCUCCGCUCUCCCAUCCAACCGCCUACUUCAGGCCUUCCUCCCCACUCUCUACUAAGCUCCAAAUGCGAUUUCUUCCUGCUGCUCAGAAUGUUCUACAAGCCGCUUCGCCUCUACGCCAUGCCACUCUAUCUGAUGCCUACAGUGAAACAAUUGAGUUAGCCGACAUAGACUGGGACAGCCUUGGAUUUGGCCUCCAACCUACGGACUACAUGUACAUCAUGAAAUGCUCGCAGGGUGGAAGCUUUGCAAAUGGUGAACUGCGACGUUUUGGUAACAUUGAAUUGAACCCCUCAGCAGGCGUCUUAAAUUAUGGGCAGGGACUAUUUGAAGGUUUAAAAGCAUACCGCAAACAAGAUGGGAACCUGCUACUCUUUCGUCCAGAGGAAAAUGCUAUGCGGAUGAAGAUGGGUGCAGAGAGAAUGUGCAUGCCAUCACCCACGGUAGAACAGUUUGUGGAAGCUGUAAAGACUACUGUUUUAGCAAACAAACGUUGGAUCCCCCCUCCGGGUAAAGGUUCAUUGUAUAUCAGACCAUUGCUGAUGGGAAGUGGAGCUGUACUUGGUCUUGCACCUGCUCCAGAGUACACCUUUCUAAUAUAUGUUUCCCCUGUUGGAAACUACUUCAAGGAAGGUGUGGCACCAAUAAAUUUGGUUGUUGAGAAUGAAUUACAUCGUGCAACUCCUGGAGGUACUGGGGGUGUGAAGACGAUUGGAAACUAUGCUGCGGUUCUGAAGGCACAAUCUGCAGCAAAAGCCAAAGGCUACUCUGAUGUAUUAUAUCUUGACUGUGUCCAUAAAAGAUAUUUGGAGGAGGUUUCUUCCUGCAACAUUUUUGUUGUUAAGGGGAAAGUUAUUUCAACUCCUGCUAUCAAAGGGACUAUCCUACCUGGUAUCACUCGAAAAAGCAUAAUUGAUGUUGCUAGAAACCAGGGGUUCCAGGUAGAGGAGCGAUCAGUGUCAGUGGAUGAACUGCUUGAUGCUGAUGAGGUCUUCUGCACAGGGACAGCUGUUGUUGUAUCACCUGUGGGCAGUAUCACUCAUCUUGGCAAGAGGGUAUCCUAUGGAGAUAAUGGCAUUGGAGCAGUGUCGCAGCAGCUUUACACUGUUCUUACAAGAUUGCAGAUGGGUCUUAUAGAGGAUAAGAUGAACUGGACUGUUGAGCUGAGAUAGGCGCACUGGCAAACAAUAUCAUGCAAUGUAUGGUUGUCAAAUCCACAAUCUGGGAUCUUUGGAAGCGGGCAGCUUUUGGUUUCACAUCUGAUGAUCUGCUAGGGGGAUUGCAUGACUACAUCGAACGCGUGGGAAUCAAUCUAUGUUGUUUGUUUUCUUGGGUGCUUUAGGAUUUAUCAUUCAAUUAGUGAAUUCUUGUCAUCAAUUUAUUUAUAGUAGAAAGAACAGCCGUGUAAUGCCGGAGGUGAUAGCAGGGCAGAUAAUGAGGGCGUGCUAGUCGAGGAAUAUCGAAAAACCCAUUGACUUAAAAUAGUUCGUUUUCCAGCAAAUCAACUUAAAUGACAUCCGUUGGCCAGAAUUAAUUAAUUUAAUUAAUUUAAUAAGUGACGGCUACCGCACGUGCCCUUGAGGUCUGUCUUAUCCCCGGUCUAUCUUGAUCCUCAGUGUCGUCUGUGGCGGCAGUUCAGGAAGCCCAUAGGGCUUGGUUUCGAAAUGUGACUUCAUGAGCAGCAGAUUUGAAGGUGAUCAUGGUUGGAGCCAGUGUCUCAUAGGGACUUCCAAAAGCAAUUGGAUCAUAACAUCGUGCUAGGAGACCGUUUUGCAUAUUGUUCUAUUCAUAGUACCUUUUUAUUUCUGUCAUCAAUUUCACUGUUUUCUUGCCAAAUUAGAAAACUCAUUCAUCUAUGUAACUGUCAUUAUUUAAAUGCCCCAUAUGGUUUAGAAUAUGUU